GAUGAGGAGGGAGCACACAGCACACUUCUCCUUCUUCUCCUCCUCCUCCUCCUGCUCCCGGCUCUCCUCCUCUCGCCGCCGAGCCAGCCGUAGAGUUUAGAGAGCAACAUCCAGCUCCCAAAAUCCAGGGCUGCUACAGCGGACCCGGCGAUUCAAAAAGAAGGGGGGAAAAUCCCACCCCCGAAACAAGGGGCACAGGAGCAGAAGAAUGACAAUACAAUUAGUCUAUAUCUAUAUUUCUCUAUGCCGUAUAAAAAACUAAUAACCCAAAUAACAAAAAGAACCAAAAUUGGAUAUAUAUAUAUUUUUACCCUUUAAAAUUAGUUUAGGUUUAAUUUUAAUUAUUUUCCCAAAAAACGGACAGGAAGGUUUCCAAAGUAUUUUUUUUGUCUUUGGCAUUUUUGUUGUGUUUGCAACAUUCUUCAUCCCGGAUGUCUCGCCGCAAGCAAGCUAAACCAAGAGCACUCAAAGUAGAAGAAAAUGAAUCGGAGGACCAGGGAGGUGUGGGGCAGUCAGCUGUGCAGACAGAUCUGAACUGUAAACUAGAAGACAAGGCAGAAGAUGGAGAGUUGAUAGAUUGUAAGAAAAGGCCGGAAGAAGGGGAGGAGUUAGAGGAAGAAGCUGUGCACAGCUGUGACAGCUGCCUCCAGGUGUUCGAGUCACUGAGUGAUAUCACAGAGCACAAGAUUAAUCAAUGUCAACUGACAGAUGGAGUAGACAUUGAGGAUGACCCCUCCUGUUCAUGGCCAGCUUCUUCACCUUCCAGCAAAGAUCAGACUUCCCCAAGCCAUGGAGACGGCUGUGACUUUGGUGAAGAAGAAGGUGUCCCAGGAUUGCCCUACCCGUGCCAGUUUUGUGACAAGUCAUUUAGCCGUCUCAGCUAUCUAAAGCACCACGAGCAAAGUCACAGUGACAAGCUCCCUUUCAAAUGUACGUAUUGCAGCCGUCUUUUCAAACACAAGCGGAGCAGAGAUCGCCACAUCAAACUUCACACAGGAGAUAAGAAGUACCACUGCAGUGAGUGUGAUGCAGCGUUUUCAAGAAGCGAUCAUCUUAAAAUUCACUUAAAGACUCAUACCUCUAACAAGCCAUAUAAGUGCGCCAUUUGUCGGCGUGGAUUCCUCUCCUCUAGUUCGCUUCACGGUCACAUGCAAGUUCAUGAGAGGAACAAAGAUGGUUCUCAGUCUGUCUCCCGAAUGGAGGAUUGGAAAAUGAAGGACACUCAGAAGUGCAGUCAAUGUGAAGAAGGUUUUGAUUUUCCUGAAGAUCUCCAGAAACACAUAGCAGAAUGCCACCCUGAGUGUUCCCCAAAUGAGGACAGAGCUGCUCUUCAGUGUGUUUACUGCCACGAACUCUUUGUAGAGGAAAGUUCGCUUGUAAACCACAUGGAGCAGGCUCAUAAUGGAGUAGAAAAGAAAAACAUGUGCAGUAUUUGCUCAGAGAACUUCCAUACUGUUGAAGAGCUGUAUAGCCACAUGGAUAGUCACCAGCAACCAGAAUCAUGCAACCAUAGCAACAGCCCCUCCUUAGUGACCGUUGGCUACACCUCAGUAUCUAGCACCACACCAGAUUCAAACCUCUCAGUGGACAGUUCAACUAUGGUUGAAACAGCUCCCCCAAUAUCAAAAGGUCGCGGAAGAAAACGGGCAGCCCAGCAAGUGACAGAUAUCACUGGGCCUUCAAGCAAGCAAGCCAAGGUUACCUACAGCUGCAUAUAUUGCAACAAACAAUUAUUUUCAAGCCUUGCAGUACUACAGAUACACUUGAAAACUAUGCAUUUAGAUAAACCAGAACAGGCCCAUAUUUGUCAGUAUUGUUUAGAAGUGUUACCUUCACUUUACAAUCUGAAUGAGCAUCUUAAACAAAUACAUGAAGCCCCAGAUCCUGCGCUGAUUGUUUCUACCAUACCUGCUAUGAUCUACCAGUGCAACUUCUGUUCAGAAGUUUUCAAUGACCUCAACACUCUUCAGGAACAUAUUAGAUGUACUCAUGGAUUUGCAAAUCCAGCUGCUAAGGACAGUAAUGCGUUCUUUUGUCCCCAUUGUUACAUGGGAUUCCUUACUGAUUCUUCUUUGGAAGAGCAUAUUAGACAAGUCCAUUGUGAUCUCACCAGUUCCCGUUUUGGUUCUCCUGUGCUAGGUACCCCCAAGGACCCAGUUGUAGAAGUAUAUUCUUGCUCCUAUUGUACAAAUUCUCCAAUAUUUAAUAGUGUUCUUAAAUUGAAUAAACAUAUAAAGGAAAACCAUAAGAACAUUCCAUUAGCAUUAAACUACAUCCAUAAUGGAAAGAAAUCUAGAGCCAUGAGUCCCUUAUCUCCAGUGACUAUAGAUCAAACUUCUUUAAAGAUGAUGCAAGCUGUGGGUGGUGCCCCUCCACGCCCUACCGGAGAAUACAUUUGCAAUCAAUGUGGUGCUAAAUACACUUCCCUGGAUGGUUUUCAGACUCACCUAAAAACACAUCUUGACACUGUUCUACCCAAACUGACUUGUCCUCAAUGCAACAAGGAGUUUCCAAACCAAGAGUCCCUUCUGAAGCAUGUGACCAUUCAUUUCAUGAUAACCUCCACUUACUACAUCUGUGAAAGUUGUGACAAACAGUUUACGUCAGUGGAUGAUUUGCAGAAACACUUGCUUGACAUGCAUACCUUUGUGUUUUUCCGUUGCACUUUGUGCCAAGAGGUAUUUGAUUCUAAGGUCUCCAUUCAGCUUCACCUGGCUGUGAAGCACAGCAAUGAAAAGAAGGUAUACAGGUGCACCUCCUGUAACUGGGAUUUCCGCAAUGAGACGGACUUGCAGCUCCAUGUUAAACACAAUCAUCUCGAGAACCAAGGAAAAGUGCACAAAUGUAUAUUUUGUGGCGAAUCCUUUGGUACUGAGGUGGAGCUCCAGUGCCACAUUACAACGCACAGCAAAAAGUACAAUUGCAAGUUUUGCAGCAAAGCAUUUCAUGCUAUCAUAUUGCUGGAGAAACACUUGAGGGAAAAGCACUGUGUUUUUGAAACAAAAAACCCUAAUUGUGGAACCAAUGGAGCAUCUGAGCCAGUUCAGAAAGAAGAAGUAGAGCUACAGACCCUGCUGACAAACAGCCAGGAAUCGCACAAUAGCCAUGAUGGCAGUGAAGAAGAUGUUGAUACAUCUGAGCCAAUGUAUGGAUGUGAUAUUUGUGGGGCAGCCUAUACAAUGGAGUCUCUCCUGCAAAAUCACCAACUUCGAGAUCACAACAUCCGACCCGGAGAAAGUGCCAUAGUUAAGAAAAAGGCAGAACUUAUCAAAGGGAACUACAAGUGUAACGUGUGCUCUCGGACGUUCUUCUCUGAAAAUGGACUCCGUGAACACAUGCAGACACAUUUGGGUCCAGUGAAACACUAUAUGUGUCCAAUAUGUGGUGAGCGAUUUCCAUCUCUUCUGACUCUGACUGAACAUAAAGUUACACACAGUAAGAGCCUAGAUACAGGAAAUUGCAGAAUUUGUAAAAUGCCUCUCCAAAGCGAGGAAGAAUUUUUGGAGCAUUGUCAGAUGCACCCUGAUUUGCGAAACUCCUUAACAGGAUUUCGUUGUGUGGUUUGCAUGCAAACGGUGACUUCUACUUUGGAGCUAAAGAUCCAUGGGACAUUCCACAUGCAAAAGACAAGCAACACUUCUGCAGUGCAGUCUGCAGGGCGAGUGCAGCAUAUUCAGAAACUGUACAAAUGUGCUUCUUGCCUGAAAGAAUUCCGUUCAAAACAGGACUUAGUGAAACUUGACAUCAAUGGCCUACCAUAUGGCCUGUGUGCUGCUUGUGUUAAUCUCAGCAAAAGUGGUAGUCCAAGUGUCAACAUCCCUUCCAGCAGUAAUAGACAAUGCAUGGGCCUGAAUGAGAACUUGAGUUCCACUGAGAACAAAAGCAAAGCAGGAGGGCUGAAGACUCGCUGUUCUAGUUGCAACGUUAAAUUUGAAUCAGAGAGUGAACUUCAGAACCACAUCCAGUCAGUCCACAGAGAGCUCAUUCCGGACAGCAAUAGUACACAUUUGAAAACACCCCAGGUAUCACCAAUGCCCAGAAUUAGUCCAUCUCAGUCUGAAGAGAAGAAGACCUAUCAAUGCAUCAAGUGUCAGAUGGUUUUCUACAAUGAGUGGGAUAUCCAGGUUCAUGUUGCAAACCACAUGAUUGAUUUACUUGGAAAAAAGAGCUUUAACCAAGCAGAGAUAGAUGGCCAUCAAACAUGUGUACAGAAACUCGAUGGUAGAUAUACCAGUACUUCCACCAGUUCCAGAAGUCCCAGACGGGUGGGCAAUACUAAUGAAGGACUAAACCAUGAAUGCAAGCUCUGCAACCAGACGUUUGAUUCUCCUGCCAAACUUCAGUGCCACCUGAUAGAACACAGUUUUGAAGGAAUGGGGGGCACCUUCAAAUGCCCAGUUUGCUUUACAGUAUUUGUUCAAGCCAACAAGUUGCAACAACAUAUUUUUUCGGCCCACGGACAAGAAGACAAGAUCUAUGAUUGCACACAGUGCCCACAGAAGUUUUUCUUCCAAACAGAACUGCAGAAUCAUACAAUGACCCAACAUAGCAGUUAGUGCAAGGCCCAGUUCUUCAGGAGCGGAUUCUUUGCGGGACAAAAAAAAGGGAACAUGUUUUACUCUUUGCACGAGACUUUCAUUGUUAAUGUAUAUUAUUCAGAAACAUUGUAUUGUACCAUAAAACUUGUAUUAUCAAAACUGUUGGAUGUUCAUGUGUUGAAACUUUUGAGCACCGGAGAGACUUCCUGUAUAUAAUGUGUUGCACAUGUAUUAUGUUGUCUGAUACUAAAAUGGUCUUAUAAAGACACGUGGACUUGGGCCCUAUUCAAGCAGGAUUAAAAGAAUAACAACAACGUAUAAAGGGAAAAAAGGCUUAAGACAAUGUUAUUUUCAAGGAAGAAACCAAAAAAAAAUGAAUAGCAGUAAUACAUUACAACUCUGUUUAGCCUUCCUUUCAUUCAAGCUUAUGUCUACAAUCUCUCUCUUUUGGUAUACAAACAAAUGAAUUCAAGAGUAUUUUUAUUGUUGAAGACACUUGCAUAAAACAAAAAUGAAGAGUCUCUCCAAGCAGGAUCCUCCAGCUGAAUAUGGCCUGUAUAUAUAUUUGUAAGCCUUGCGAUAUGACAGAUAGCAUUACCAUAUAUGCAAUAGUUGUUAUGUAGAUUGUCAAAGAAACUUUUUUUCCUGGAUACCAUUUGAAGCUUUUGAGUGUUCAAGACUUUUCCUUAAUGAUGUCACAUGGCCAAAUUUUUGAAUCAGUUGAACUAACCUGUAUGUUACUGUUAUUAAUGUUUACUCUGCGGUCUGAACCUGGAGAUUACUGGAAUGGUUUUCCAAGAGGAAAUAAAUUCAGU